GUUUACUGAAUAACUAUUUAUGAUUAGCAAGGAGGCGGAAAUUAGCAAAUGACUCCUUUUUCGCCUGUCUCCAUCUUUUACGCGCUCUUAUCGGAAGGUGAAGCCAUCGCUGUUCCGUCAUCAUAUCUGUUGAUAAGCUCGACAUCCUAGCUGCUUAGGUAACGAAGUGGCCCCGCUUUCGGCCAAGUACUAAGCGAUUCCUGCCGACCGGGAGUUGCACACCUGGCAACAAGUCUUAGCUCAAGCUAAUCUAGAUGUACUGCGAUGGAUUCAAUAAAUUAUCAACAAGAUGUUACUGAUGAGCCUGAAGAUAUGGAGGAGGAGCCAACUCCUGUCGCAUCGGAUGAGUUUGAGUCGCCUGCAGCAGAUGAACUUGGAAAGCCAGAGUUUUUGCAGAUCGGUUCUAUGGAUGACAUGGAGCCAAGCCUGGAGCUGCAGUUCCCGCCGUGCUCACCGGAAGAGCCUCUUGCGGAGGUUUCCAGCUUCAUUCCCGGCGACGACAUAGAGUUCCCAUCCUCACGGAACUCGCCAGACAUCCCCGGUGCAUCUUCCAUGUUGCUUAAUCGCUGGGAACCCCGGGAAGCGGAUCACCAUCACUCACCACACUCAGAAACGUCGUUCCACUCAUCCAUUUACCCCGUGGCUUCCAUCCGGACAAGUAUGACAGGCGGAGUUGUGCCCGAGCCGCGCAGCCUGGUGAAGUCGUCCGAGGGCAAGAUCGGCCUUGAGACCGGCGAUGUCAUCAUGCUGAAGUACCAGGGUACUCCGUACGUCGCCAUUAAACAAAUGCUGCCGUACAAGGAUGACGCCUGGCACCACUGCCUUGAGCUGCUGACAGAGGAGAAGGCUCUCGAGAGCGAGGGCAUGGCAUACCUCGAGGUCGUCAAGCAGGGUUCCUACGUUGGCUUCCGCUCGGGCGCGGCCGGCAACCGCUUCGUGCAGCCUCGCCGCAAGGCGCCCCACCGCCUGGUGUUCUUCAACCAGAACUGCGGCGUCUGGGAGCAGUGGGACGUGCUCGGGGACAACUGGCGCUCCGCUCCCUGGUCCUCUCUGCCCAUGGUGUUCCGCAACAGGCGCCUACCGCAGGUUCAACUCGCGGUGGAUGUGGUGCGUGUGGGCUUCUACGUGACGGCUGGCGGCAUGGGCGGGACCCCCUUCGCGCCCACCCCGCGCUCUCUGCUGCCGGCCAUACCCGAGGAGGGACACGUGGAGGACACCAACCUGCGCCGCAUCAGCAACGUACUCGUGCUGGAGUGGCUCAAGUUCGUAGACAACGAGAAGAUGCUGCGUCAAGGGCUUGAGGCCAACCUAGAGGCUUUGCAGGAGGAGAUGGCACAGCUCAAGGUCAACACCAUCCGGCAGGUGGAGUACCUGCGGCUGCAGAUGAGCGAGGAGAUGGCGGCGCUCGGGGUGCACGUGAGCACGCGCGACACUCUCAUCUCCAUGCUGCGCAACUGGCUACGUCGCACGCAGCAGCUGGCGGCCAACGGCAUGGCGCGGACGCGGCACCGUCGCAUCCUCAUGGCGUGGAGGUACGUGGUGGACAACAUGGUGUACUACAAUGCCGUCAUCGUGAAGCUCACCCGCAAGAGGCAGGACGAGCUGCGCGAGAAGGUCUUCAGGGCCUGGCAGCUCCGCGCGCGCGGCUCUGCUGGUGCGGCCAACAAGCAGAUCGCCGCCGUGGAGCGGCGCUCGCAUGCCAUCAUGAAGCGAGUGCUGGUGGGCUGGCAGCGGGUCCUAGCGCACCGCGCCUGGCGAGCGCGCGUCGUGGUGGCUGCCGUACAGCGGCGCUCGGCGCUCCGCAUGUCCACCACCUUCUCCGCCUGGCGUGACCUAACCGUGCAGCGCGCGGUAGGCCGGGGUGCCCUGCAACGUGCCUUGCAUGGCGUGAGCCAGGCAUGGCUGGCGGCGGCGCUGAUGGCGUGGCGCGCCGCCACCCUGGCGGCCCGCCGGAACGACGUCCAGGCGGAUCUCAUGGCGGAGCGCCGAGUAGCACGUGUGGCCGCGACUGCGUUCUUCGGCUGGCAGGACGUCGUCGGCGUCCGCCGUGCCGCAGACCGGCUGGCUUGCAAGUCGCUGCUGCGGUAUGCUUUUGGCGCCUGGCGUGAUGGCGUCUCCGCGGCGCAGCUGAGAGCCAGCGCUGCAGAUGCCAUGGCGGCAGAACGGCCUCUAGCGCUGCGCAGGUCAGUGCUUGACGCCUGGCGGGAGAUAACGUUGGCCAGGGGUGCACUACAACAGCGUUUGGAGCGGCAUGUGGCGCACCGCAGCUUUGGGCUGCAGGCUCGCGUCCUGGCUGAAUGGGGGCUGGCGGCGGGGGCGCGGCGACGACAGCGGGCCCUGCUGCGCCGGCAUCAGGCGGCGGUGGGUGCGCGGACGGCGGCGGCGGUGCUGGUGGGCUGGCAUGCGGUCGUGGCGAGGACGGCGUGGCGGCAGUCGCGGAUGAUUACGGCGGUGUCUCGCACGUCAGCACGGAGGAUGUCGGCCGUGUUUACGUUCUGGCGUGCUUACGCCUCCGACCGCGCUGCUGUCACCGGCCGUGGUUCGCUGCUAGCAGUGCGCAUCCGGCGCAUGCGCCUCGGCGCCCUCAUGGCUGGCUGGCGCCACAUCGCGGCGCGCGUGCGUGCAGGGCGGCACAUUUUGGAGACGAUUGCCGGACGCCUUGAGGCUGGAUUCAUGUCCUCCGUGUUCACCGAGUGGCGUCUGCUGGCCCGCACUGCUGCGGCCAGUCGCUUCGCAGCGGCUCGUGCUCUGCCGCCGGAUACCCGCGCCCUGCUGAUGCGGUUCCUCGGCAAGUGGUGGGCGCGCCACUGCGACACGCCGACCAGUUUGGACUCCAUGUCCUCUUCCUUCUCUGCCCGCAUGCGUGCUUCGCUGUCGACAUCAACCUCGGCAUCAAAGGCAGCGGGUGUGGCAUCGGCACUGGAAUCUGCUGACGCUGCCCAUGUGGACCCUUCCGCGCGACAGCUGCAGCUGCAGCACUUGCAGCAGCAGCUCCAGGGCUCGUCUGGGCGUUCAGGCGGGUCGCAUGUCAAUUCACCCCGGGCACAGCUGCAUGCCACGACCGCCAGCACUGCGCCAGCACGGAAUGCAUCGCAGCCGAAGGGCAUGCCCUCCGACGGCCCCUUCGCUUCGUCUCCUGCUGUCGCAGCUGCGGCUGCGGCCUGCAGCCCCCAAGGCUCUGUCCAUGCCGCUUCACCAGGAGCUGCAGCGGCAUCGCCAGCAGGCGCCGCCACAUCCGACACCGCUACGCCCGCCCGGCCGUCGCAGCCAGCUGGCUCUGACUCCACUCCGGUUCCCAGCCCUCAGCGGGUCUUCGGCCAUGCAAGCCACGCAGGCCCAGCAAGCGCGCCUGCAAGUGCCUUGCUUUCGCCACUCCGUACGCCCCGAUCGUACCGUGAGGCCCUUGUGGCUGGUGGCAGCAGCCCCACAGCUGGUAUUGCAACGGUAGCGGCGACGUCUUUGACUGGCAAGGCAAGCUCCUCACCCGCACCUGAUGCAGCUGCUGGUAUCAGUAGCGUCACCCUCAUGCGCACGAGCGCCAGCGGUGCAGGCCCGGCAAGCGGCGCCAGCGCUGCAGCAACACCAUGCUUAGGUGACAAGGAUCCCGCUGCAGCCGAUAAGGGAGCAGCGUCAUCACUGGAGUUUGGGCAGCCAGCAGGGGUGCUGGGAAGUGGUGGGUAUGAGUCGGCCGCGUCAUCGGAGGUGGCGACAGUGCCCGCAACGACACCGGCGACGGCUGGCUCGCCCCGUUGCCUGCAUGCCCUCGGGUUCACCGGUCCACUAGCGGCCGCCGAAAGCCAGGAGGGUGAGGAGGCUGAGGUGCCGUCGGUUACCGCAGUGGUCGCGCCGGUGCCGUCCUCAGCGUUGGGCUCCGGAUGGCUGGUUGCGAGCGGCAGCACCAGCAGCGUGGGCUGCUGGUUAGCGGCGGAGGCGCUGGGGCGGUGGCGGCGUGCUGUCGAGGCGCGGCGGGAACUGGAGGCCAAGUGCGAUCUGCUGGUGCAGGCGGCACGCCAGCGGCUGGCGGGUGCAGUGCUGACGGCACUGCGGGAUGAGGUAGCGACGACACGGAGCAAGGAAGCAGUCGCUGAGGCUAUGGCAGCGAAGACGGCGAGCCGUAAUAGCCGACAGAGCAUGCGGGAGGUUCUGGCCUCGUGGCGUGCCACCGCACACCGCCGAGGCGCCGUACGCGCCCUUAUGGCUCGGCAUGUCGCACGCACAGCCGUUCCGUUGCUCCGUCGUGUGCUUGCUGAGUGGUACGCUCUCACAGCUGCACGGAGGGCUGUCACCAGGAAGGUGGCGAAGCUGACCAGGCGCCAUCGCGAGGCGACUGCAGUCCGCGUCCUCCGGGCCUGGCACGAGGAGGCCCUGGACGGUGCUGCGCGUCGUGACACGGCCAACCAACUGGCCAGCAGCCACACGCGCUCCCUUCUCUCCUCUGCGCUAUACGGCUGGAGCGGAGCGACGGCAGAGCGCCGUGCCAGGGCCGCUCGUGACAUGCGUGCGGCGCGGCAUGCGCAGCGUCGGCGGCUGCAGGGCGCCUUCAGCCGCUGGCGCUGGGCUGCGCAGGAGGCGACGGAGCGGGAGGAGGUAGCAGUUCGUGUGAGCCGCUCCAUGGCCCUGCGUACGGCGUUCAGUGGCUGGCUCAGGUUGGCUUCAGAUGACCCCGGGCCCGGUCACGUGGACAGCUCCACUGCGCUUCACCGUGCUGCCGUCUGGCACUCCCGCCGGGUGCUGCGAGGCUGUCUGAUAGCCCUGCUGGAGCACUGCGAGCGGUCUCAGCUGCUGCAACGCCAGAUGGCGGCGAUCAAGGCGCGUGCGGAGGACGCCACGCGGGCAGCCGUGCUGGCCCACCUGCAUUCGGCAGUGUCGGGGGCGCGGCGGGCGGACGUGGAAGUGCGCAAGAUGCGGUCCAGGACCGACUUGCGCUUGCUAGCGCGUGUCUUCCGGGCUUGGCUGGAGCAUGUGGAGGUGCUACGCUCGGCUCGGGGCUCGGCCGAGGCCAUGGGAGAGCGUGUAGGCCGCUCCCUGCUUGCUGGGGUCUGGGAGGGCUGGGUCGGGGUGACCCGCGUGGCGAAGGCGACGCGUGAGCAGGUGUCAGCCUUCAGCGCACGUUCGGCACGAGGCUGUGUGAAGCGGGUGUUCUUCACGUGGCUUGAGCUUGUGGAGGCUCGCCGCGCCCGCGAGACGCAUGUGCAGGUGGCUGUACACCGCAUCCAGGCCGUGACGCUCACCCACGUGUUGAGCCACUGGGCAGCAAUCGCCACCCACCAUCGCUUCAUCCGCGCUGCCGCCGGCGCCCGCUUCGCCGCCCGCAUCCGCAGCCUCCUCUCCGCAACCUUCUCUGCCUGGGGGACCCUUGUGCAUCAGCUGCGCUUGGCCCGCAACCUCGCCUCCAAGCGCGGCCAGGCCUUGAAGCUGACCCUCCUUCGGAGCGUCCUGACGCAAUGGGUAGGUUACGUGGAGCGCAAGCAUGAGCUGGCGGUGGCGGCGGCUGCCAUGGGUGCGCGCCGUGCAGCUACGGUGCUGCUGCCAGCGGCGCUGCGCGGGUGGGCUGCCGUGGUGGCGGCAGCGAGGGAGAAGCGGCAGCUGCAGCAGACGAUGCUGAUGCACUUCAUGCUGCGACGGUGCAUGGCCGAGCAACGGCGCGCGUUCAAGGCCUGGCGGGCGGCUCUGGAGGAGCGGCGCGCACGGGAUGACGAGCUGCGGCGCUGCAUCAAGCGCAAGAAGCUGGCGUUCGGGCUCUUCAAGCAAUGGUACUGGGAGGCCUUCGACGCGGACGUGCAGGCCACUAUUCGCCGCAUGUUCCACUCCACGGACCCCGCAGCGCAGAGCCCCAAGCCCUCCAUGCGGCCCAGAUUCCCGAACGGCGCUGCGGCCCAGCCAUUGCCGUACUUUCCGGAUGCCGUAGACUACUCGCAGCGUUCGUACGGCGGCGGAUUCGCGGUCCCACGGGUUGAGGCCGACUGGCAGCCUGGCGCCUGGAGGACGCAUGCGGUGGCUGCAGCGUACGGCACGGCUGGAACGGACAAUAGCGGCGGCAGAUCCACGGAUUUGCCACCCCUUGAGCCCUCUGUCGAUCCCUUCCUCCGCUACGGCGCUGCAAGCGGUGGCGCCGUGGGUGCGGCCAAUGCCGUGGGCGACCCCUCAGGCGUCGCCCCAGGCAACCUGCGCCACAGACUGCUGCAGGUCCAAGCGCAGCGCUCCACAGCGGAGCCGCUGCGGCAGCCGCAGCAACACACGGCGCCAGCGGUUCGCGGCCCCUCGGAGCCCGUACGCUCCCUGACACCCACCUUUGACUCCCUAGCACAGCAUGCUGGCGCCACUAGCGGUGGCGGCGCGACAGCAGCGGCGACUGCUGCCACGCAACGCACUAGGGCUGCCGCCGCUGCAGCGGCCAACCCCAACGCACUUCGCGCCUCCGCGCCGGCUGUGGCCGCCGGCGGUAGCCGUGCUUCCAUCGCGGCAGCCGUAGGAGCGGCAAGUCGGGCUCUGCCAGCCAAGGCAGUGUAUCGCGCCCUCCUGCAUUCGGAAUCCAGUUCCGAGGAUACUGGAUCUGAGAGCACCAAGGGCGCCAGUCGGCCGGCAUCGCGCGGACGUGCAGCCGCCUCGGUAGCUUCCAGCGGUGGCGCAGGGGCGGGCCCCGCGGGUGGCCGUAGGCUGUCUGCAACCUCCCUGGGCUCAUGGGCCAGCAACGGUGCUGCCAAGCGCAAGCCGGCUGCCGGGAAAAGCAGCGGGGCUCCCAGCGCCGUAGCUGCUCCCGUCCCGGCUCCUCGCCGUUCCCUUACCGGUGCCCUUCCCACGCAGCGUUCCUUGAGCCGUGGAACCGCUACUUCCAGCGCCGCAGGUGCUCCUUCCGCAGCUGCCCCGGCUGCCGCUGCGCCGUCUUCGUCGGCGGUGGCUCUGGCUCCCACCAACUCGGCUCCCUCCAGCCUGGAGGCCAUGUCGGCCUGGAAUGCCGUACUCGCCAACAUGGCCAACCAACUCACGGAGGUCUCCCGAGCCAGUCUAGAAAUCGCUGCGGGUGUGGUUAAUGGAGGCGUCGCGGGCUCCUCCUCCCCCGAACGCCUCAGCCCUCGCAAUCCUGCAGCCAGCGGAAGCGCCUUCUUCAUGCCUCAUGCCUCCAUCGAGAGAAGCAGCGACUCGAGCGGACAGCAGCCGCGGGCAGCAGUCCACAGCAGCCCGCAGGGCGGCGUAGCCUCGCUGCCUAGCGGCGUCACAGGGUCGCUGUCGCCGCUGUCGCCUAGUCCUCUACCGCCGUACAACGUGUACCACCGCUCGCCCAGCACAGGCAGCGCUGGACACCAGCUACCCGGUGUCGUACCCUCCUGGCGGCAGGUGAACGGCUUGUACGACGGAAUGUACGAUGACGACUUGGGCCCUGUGAAUCCCUUCUUUGCGGGCAUCGCUGGCGCUGGUGCCGCUGGUGGUGCUGGCAUGGGGUCAGGGCCCAGCAGCGGUACCUCGAGCGGUGGCGGCAGUGACGGGGAGGCUACGUUGAUGGCGGAAACGGAUGAGUCGCGGGGUUGUUCCGGCGGCGGUUCGGCUUCAGUUCCGGCGGCAGUAGCGUCUGACGUGGGGACCUUCCCAGUGCCGGUGCGCUUCCCUGUGUACCAGAACGAGGUCUUCCGGCAGGCUGGCGAUGAGGAGGAGGAGGGCGAUGAGGAUGAUGGAGGUGAGGAUAGCUAUGAAGGGGGCAAUAUGGAUGGAGACGGGGAGGAGGAGGACGAGGAAGUGGAUGGGGCUUACGAGCGAAGCUGCGAGGACAGCGGAGUGUCUGGAGCUGAGAGGUCUUCGGACUCGGGAAACUAUUAAGGGCAUGGCAACAAAGGUGGUGUACUGGUGUUACUUGCAAGCGAAUGUCGCGCAAUUGCAUGGCACCGGAUACGAACGGGGCGCGCGCGUGCUAUUGGGAAUUCAUACAUACGGAGUGCUUAGGUCGUACAGCUGGUGAUGGCAGCGCCGGCGCCUGACAAGCCCUGCAGAGAACGGUCACGAGGUUCUUACUUUUAGACGUCUCAGUCGUGCCCUUCUUAGGUAUACUAUUACCCGGUAGUUUUAUUCAUUUUAGGGUUAGCAAAUAGUAUGACGGUAGCUUGGCAGGCGCGUGCGUCCUUGAGUAGAUGUGGUUAUAGCGUGUUUAGGUUAAUAGGUCAAAUAGGUCAGUUAUUAGAGUGCAGACGUGAGUGCAAGUCUGGUGUAUGACGCCAGGGGCGUCGAAGUUCUCAUACCGUACAGCCUAAGCUGGAGGCGCGCAGCAUGCAGGCGGCGAUGUCCUUGUGGCGUCGAAGAAAGGAGGUGUUGAGUACGGCGGCAACGCAGACGCUUCAUUCCUCCUUAGGUGCCUGCGGCGAAGUGCUCCUUUGUGUUUUUGCUUACAAAGUGGUCGGUGGGAGUGGUUUGGUCAGCACAUCUCAGCUAGGCGCAUGCGCAGAAAGGAGGUGUUGUUCGGGAUUGUGGCGAACGCCCUAAUCGUACAACGCCGUGAACAAUCUGAGCAGAAGCCGGUUACACAUCCCGUCCUGAUUGGUUCUUUGCUGUCAGAGGGCGAGAUGUUGUUGUGUUUCCUAAGGCCAUGAUUCUGAAGGUGGCAGGUCGUGCGGUGAGAGUCCGGCAGGGUGUAUGACGCUCAGAUGGCGCAGCGAUGGAGGUAGGAUGCAUGCAGGAAUGGCAGGAUAGGUUGGCGGGUUGGGUAUCUUGAGAGCAGUGCGCUUUGCAAGCCGAUGGGUGGUUCGUGCCGAUGACGAAUGGUAGAACCUGUGUCUCACCUGUAUCAGGAUACGAAGACCUGUUACAACUUGGCUGGCGUUCAAUCCUGCACACUUCACACGAACACACCAUGUACGACACACACUACAGUUUGCUGCACCCUUCGCUGUGUAAUGAUGUCUCGCCGCCAAUGUGAUUGGUCUGCUGCACGCUAUAAGGUACUCGACUCGACCUCAACUGCUCCUUCUGCGUCUUU